AAAAUGAAGGUGAAAUCGAUCAUCUCGGCGCUUUUCUUCUUCUUCUUAACGCUUUCAAUUCAAACUCUCAAACACUACUACUGGUUUCCUCUUUCAUUUGAGAGAGAGAGAGAGAGAGAGAGAGAGAGAGAGAGAGAGUGAUUAUCAAUGGCGGAAGGGCCGGCGAGCUUUUGGACUCAAGCCAAUGCUCUGCUCAGAAAGAAUUUGACAUUUCAGAAACGAAAUGUGAGGACAAAUCUAUGGCUCAUUUCAUUCCCAAUAUUAAUCUGUGUGUUGCUUGUGCUCCUCCAAACUGUGGUAAAUAAUGAGUUGGAUAAGCCCUCAAGAAGGUGUGGCUGCAUUUGUAUUGAUACUAAUGGGGAUGGAAAAUGUGAAAAAAAGUGUGGGAUUGAGUACUCAACUUUGACACAAGCAGCCAGCUGCCCUCUUCCUAGUCCACCAGAAUGGCCUCCUUUGUUACAGAUACCAAGACCAGAAUAUCGUGCAGUACAAAAUGAUUUUAUUACAUACAAAGAUUUGCCUGAAGAGUCAUGCAAGACCACUGGAUCCUGUCCAGCUGCUAUACUCUUGACUGGAGCUAAUCAAACAUUUGCUGAACGUAUUGGAGGGAAUUUUUUCAAUGGCACAAUUCUCAAUUCCUCUGAUAUUCUUUACAGCGUAGCUGAUGAUGUCUUGGGUUCAGGGUCAUACACUGAGCAAAUCAAUUUCCUGGACCCAGCUUUCUCCUCUAAUUUGCCAGUGUACAUUGUUCGACCUCAGUGUGCUCCAAACUCCACAUUUUCAAUUCCAUUGCAAAUAGGUUCUCGUCUUUUGCAACAAGAGAUAAGUUGCGUGCAAGGAUUACAUUUAUGGCGUAAUAGUUCAUCUCAAAUUAAUGAUGAGCUCUAUAAAGGAUAUCGGAAAGGGAAUUCUGAGAAAAAGAUAAAUGAGAUAACAGCAGCAUAUGAUUUCUUAAAUUCUAAUGGGAAUCACUUCAAUGUGAGUAUCUGGUACAAUUCAACAUAUAAAAAUGACACUGGAAACUCGCCUAUAGGGUUGACACGGGUGCCUCGCUCAGUGAAUAUGGUAUCAAAUGCUUAUCUCCAGUUUCUGCUUGGGCCUUCAACAAAAAUGCUAUUUGAGUUUGUCAAAGAAAUGCCAAAGCCUGAAACAAGAAUCAGGCUAGAUUUUGCUUCUCUUCUUGGACCACUUUUCUUUACAUGGGUGGUUAUACAACUAUUUCCGGUUGUGUUGACAUCUCUGGUUUAUGAGAAGCAGCAGAGACUAAGAAUUAUUAUGAAAAUGCAUGGACUUGGAGAUGGUCCCUAUUGGCUGAUUUCUUACGCUUAUUUUCUUGCCAUAUCUUCUAUGUACAUGCUAUGCUUUGUGAUUUUUGGAUCAUUAAUAGGCUUAAAGUUCUUUACACUGAACGAUUACAGCAUCCAGUUGGUUUUUUACUUAAUCUACAUUAACUUGCAAAUUUCACUAGCUUUUCUCGUUGCUGCAUUAUUCAAUAAUGUGAAGACAGCUGCAGUUGUGGGCUAUGUAAUGGUGUUUGGAUCUGGACUCUUGGGUGCCUACCUUUUCCAGUUCUUUGUUCAAGAUCCAUCAUUUUCAAGAGGCUGGAUUAUUGUUAUGGAGUUGUAUCCUGGAUUUUCUCUUUAUCGUGGAUUAUAUGAGUUUUCACAAUAUUCUUUCACUGGAAAUUAUAUUGGAAGUGAUGGAAUGCUAUGGAAAAAUUUGAAAGAUGGCAAUAAUGGGAUGACAGAAAUCUUAAUUAUUAUGUUUGUGGAAUGGUUGCUGGUUCUCUUCUUUGCUUAUUACACAGAUCAAAUCAUGUCAUCUGGGAAAAGUCCUCUCUUUUUCCUUCGAAAUUUCCAGAAUAGGCACUCAUCAUCCUUCCGAAGACCUAGCUUACGGAGGCAGGGAUCUAAAGUCUAUAUUGAGAUGGAGAAACCUGAUGUUGUCCAUGAGAGGGAUAGAGUUGAGACUUUGCUGCUGGAAUCAAGAACAAGUCAAGCUAUAAUCUGUGACAACAUAAAAAAAGUUUAUCCAGGAAGAGAUGGAAACCCUGAAAAACUUGCAGUUAGAGGGUUGUCACUUGCUUUGCCUCAGGGGGAAUGCUUUGGUAUGCUUGGGCCCAAUGGUGCUGGGAAAACUUCUUUUAUUAAUAUGAUGAUUGGUCUCAUAAAGCCGAGCUCUGGUACUGCGUAUGUUCAGGGUAUGGAUAUACGAACAGAUAUGGACAAAAUAUAUACCAGCAUGGGAGUGUGUCCUCAGCAUGACCUACUUUGGGAAACAUUAUCAGGAAGGGAGCACUUACUUUUCUAUGGACGGCUUAAAAAUUUGAAAGGAGAAGACUUAACAAGAGCAGUUGAAGAGUCUCUUAAGAGUGUAAACCUAUAUAAUGGAGGGGUUGCAGACAAGCAAGCUGGACAUUAUAGUGGAGGAAUGAAGAGGAGGCUUAGUGUUGCCAUUUCAUUGAUUGGAGAUCCCAAAGUUGUCUAUAUGGAUGAGCCUAGUACUGGACUGGACCCAGCUUCAAGAAACAACUUGUGGAAUGUUGUCAAACGUGCAAAGCAAGAUAGAGCAAUAAUUCUCACUACGCACUCAAUGGAAGAGGCAGAGCAUUUAUGCGAUCGGUUAGGUAUCUUUGUGGAUGGAAGCCUGCAAUGUAUAGGAAAUCCUAAGGAGUUGAAGGGAAGGUAUGGAGGGUCGUACGUUUUCACCAUGACAACAUCUUCGGAUCACGAUGCAGAAGUAGAGAGCAUGGUGCAGAAUCUGUCCCCAAAUUCCCACAGGAUCUACCAAAUCUCGGGCACCCAGAAGUUUGAGCUGCCAAAGCACGAGGUAAACAUUGCAGAUGUUUUCCGUGCGGUUGAGAUUGCAAAGAAAAGAUUUACAGUUCAUGCAUGGGGCCUAGCAGAUACAACCUUAGAGGAUGUGUUUAUAAAGGUUGCAACAGCGGCUCAGCCAUCCAUUAACCUCUCAUGA